CUCAUAGCUCCAAUGUUGGGGGCUUUCGGCCGAAUGUCUGCCGAAAAAGCUCUCCGAAGGGUGAAGUUUUUCAGGUCUACGAUCGUUGAUCAGCGUUACGCGGUGCUCCGAUUCUGCAGUUCUGAAAGCAGAGUCAGUAUUGGAGAUGUCAGUACAGUGAUAGUGAAGCCAAAAAGACCAGAACUGGUCCCAGUGAAAUACUUGCCUGAAGAUGCCCCACAGUCUGUGAUGAAACAUCUGAGAUGGAUAAUGCAAAAGGACUUACUGGGCCAGGAUGUGUUCCUGAUAGGACCUCCAGGGCCACACAGGAGAGCUGUAGCCAUGAUGUACCUGGAACUGACCAAUCGUGAGUGUGAGUAUGUAUCUCUAUCCAGAGACACUACAGAGACAGAUUUAAAACAGCGGAGGGAAAUACGAUCAGGGACAGCAUAUUACAUCGACCAGUGUGCUGUCCGUGCGGCUACAGAUGGUCGUAUCCUGGUAUUGGAAGGGAUUGAGAAGGCAGAGAGAAAUGUGUUGCCUGUAUUAAACAACUUACUGGAGAACAGAGAGAUGCAGCUGGACGAUGGCCGCUUUCUUAUGGCUGCUGACAGAUAUGAUAAACUUCUAAAGGAGCACACACAAGAGGAGCUGGAUGCUUGGAAACUGGUCCGUGUUGACGAGCGAUUUCGCGUCAUAGCCUUAGGACUUCCAGUGCCUCGGUACCAAGGCAACCCGCUAGAUCCUCCACUUCGGUCACGCUUCCAGGCCCGCGAUGUCCACCCCCUUCCCUUCAGUGAGCAGUUGGAGUCCCUGGGGGUGGCAGGAGGAGAGGUACCCCAGGAGAGGAUCUCUCAAGUUUUAGGAUUUGCCAGUACAAUGACCAGCAGUGAGUCCAGCUCUCUUGGUCUCCCGGACUUCCCACUGUCCAGUCUGGACGGUGUGAUACACAUACUGAAUGCUAUGCCAUCCAGUUCCCUACAUAACUUAGUCAGCAGACUGUACCCGUAUGAAGUGAUGUUAGGAAAAGAGGGGAGGACUGCAGUGGCGGAUACUUUCCAGAGGUUUAAUAUACCGCUGCGCCAGAGUGAUGUCAACCAUGUCAGCAAGGUUACCCUCCAUAACAACAACGCAGAGGCCCAAAUCAGUGCAGGGGGUGUCAAAUAUAACAUACAGGUUCCCAAGGGUUACAAGACAGAGCAGCAUGUCAGUGAUCACUUCAUCCAGACCCCAUACCAUGACUCUCUGCUGGCAGACAUGCUACAGUCUCACAUGGUGAAGGACUUUUGUGUCAUAGGACCUAAGGGGUGUGGAAAGAGUGCACUGGUCAAGCAGUUUGGAGAUCUCUUAGGUUACCAUGUAGAACCCAUCAUGUUAUAUCAGGAUAUGACCUCACGUGACCUACUUCAGCAGAGGACCACACUGACCAAUGGGGACACAGUGUGGCAACCUUCACCUCUGGUAGAGGCGGCACUGGGAGGGCAGCUAGCGGUACUGGACGGAGUUCACAGAAUUAAUCCAGGGACGUUUGCUGUAUUACAUAGAUUGGUCCAUGACAGAGAGCUGAGCCUGUUCGACGGCACCAGACUCCUGCGUCAGGACAGGUAUGACCAGGUCAAGCAGACCACUGGGAUGACUGAUGACCAGAUGGCAGAGAAGGCCAUCUUUCCUAUCCACCCAGCCUUCAGAAUAGCCGCCCUGGCUGAGCCUCCACCAGUGGGCAGUUCCACUGGUCAGUGGCUGGGGUCCGAGUUACUGACCAUGUUCUUAUACCACCACAUGAGGGCGCUGACGGCUGCAGAGGAGACCCUGCUUAUUAAGAAGAUAGUGCCCCAUGCUCCAGAUAUGACACCUCUGCUCAACCUUACACACCACCUCAGGAGCAGCACAGACGCCACAAUGCAGUCUUUGUCCUCCUCCCUAUCUACAAGGCAGCUGUUGCGGAUAGCGCGGAGACAAGCACAGUUCCCCACUGGCUGUUUAUAUGAUGCUGUACAGAAGGCCUGUCUAGCAAGAUUUCUCCCACGGCUGGCAAAGAACGCACUAGAGCAGGCUUUAGAGCAGUUUGGCAUUGUUCCCAUGGAAACCAGUCAUAGCGUUGACAGCAUCGAAAGGGCUGUCACAUGUGAAAUCAAGGAGGGAAUGUUGAGGAUAGGAGAGACAGAGGCAGAAGUGUUCAACCCAGAGAAUAAGAUGAAGGUGCCAGAUGUGCUGUUCUAUGAGAAUGCUCAGCACCUGUCAAUCAUGGAGGCCAUGUUACAAGACUACCUACUAGGAGAGCACCUGUUGCUGGUGGGAAACCAAGGUGUGGGGAAGAAUAAGAUAGUGGACAGGUUCCUCCAUCUUCUGAACAAACCCAGGGAAUACCUCCAGUUGCAUAGGGACACCACUGUCCAGACACUGACCCUCCAGCCCACGGUCCGAGAUGGGGUCAUCAUCUACGAGGACUCUCCAUUGGUCAGAGCAGCCAAACAUGGUCACAUUCUGGUGGUGGACGAGGCAGACAAGGCGCCCACACAUGUGACCUGUAUACUGAAGACACUGGUGGAGUCAGGGGAGAUGCAUCUUGCUGACGGGAGGAGAAUUGUCAGCGCUGACUCAGGGCUGCCACCAUCAGACAACUUGAUAGUCAUCCAUCCUAACUUCAGGAUGAUGGUACUUGCCAACAGACCAGGCUUUCCUUUCCUGGGAAAUGACUUCUUUGGUGCUAUGGGUGAUAUAUUCAGUUGCCAUGGAGUCCACAAUCCUGACAUGGAGUCUGAGAUGUCCAUGUUGCGCCAGUACGGACCAGCGGUGCCUGACACCAUUUUGAAGAAACUGGUCUUAGCGUUUGGUGAACUGCGGAGUCAAGCAGACCAGGGCCUAAUAGCUUACCCGUACUCUACCAGAGAGGUGGUGAAUAUCGUCAAACAUCUACAGAAAUUCCCUGAUGAGGGUGUUGCCAGCGUGGUGAGGAACGUGUUUGACUUUGACUCCUACAACCCCGAGAUGAAGGAGACCAUUGUGGAGACGCUGCACAAACAUGGCAUCCCAGUGGGUGCGCGGCCGGGAAAUGUCAACCUGGCCAAAGAUUUCCCUCUGCCGCAGUUUGAGCUGGCGGCCAGCUGGAAGGUUGCAUUCAAAGGGACCAGGAAGGGAAGUGGUCUGAUUAGUUUACCCGUCAGUGCUAAACCUCUCUCUGUUAAGGGUCCUGUAAGGUUCAACAUACAGUCCCACCUUUUAGAUAAAGUAGAGACUCGGUCCAGUCAUUUCAGUGAGCAGUCGGUGUACUGGCAGCUCCCUCUACAGGACGCUAACAUCGUGGCAGAUGUCGCAGUUACAAGAGGUGGAGUCCGUGACAGAAGGCAACAAGAGGAUGUCAUCCACAUCGCCACAGCACGUCCCAUCAAGCUGUACACCAUGAAACCCUCCAGCAGGUACAUCAGCUGUAUAGACCUGUAUGACCUGUUCCCCACCACCCGGGGCAUGUACACCCCCAGGGUCAGGGUGGCCCCCCUGGGGGCGUCACUCUAUGAUACAGUGGUCUUGCAUGAAGAGAAGAGCAAUGUAUUACUGAGCAUCAACACAGAGACGGGAGAUGUGAUGCGUCUGGCCAUGGACUCUCUGCUGGAGACAGCAAGCCAUAAACUGUUUGGACGCUCUGAACAGGACAUGUACACGCUGUGCAGAAGUCUCUCAGGAACUCCAGAUGGUUUGCUCAUCUUGUACAAAUCUCGCAGUCAGAGUAUAGAGGUCCUCAAUAUGUUACUGGGCAUAUGUCACAGUAUUGCUGUCCCCUUCAAGAUAGGUGGUGUCCACCCUGUGGCCACUGACCAGUGGAUGGUCACUGAAUAUGACAAUAACAGGAAAUACAUGUUGAGGAGUUCUGGAGAGGGAAGCAAUACAGAGUACUUCCUGCACCCAGUCACCGAGGAGGACACAACUGCUGGUGUCGGAAGAUUAGAACUGAUGUCUACUAGUCCACUGUCAGAGGCCAGUUUGAGUGCUGUCCUAGGGACGAGUAUCAGCUCUGAGAAUAGAGUCCUAGCUACUCCUGCCACCUAUGCUUCUGUGGCAGUAGGACUGCCAGAUCUUCAUUCUAUUGAAGUAUACAGUGCCCCAAGACAACCCUCCACCAAGGCAGAGAGAGAGAUUGGGGGAGACUUCAUGCUUCAGUUGCUGUCCAAGCCUCCCACUCCUAAUGCUGACUCCAAGAUAGCCUACCUACCAGUGUGUGGCCAGGUGGUCCGCAGCAUGCAGUACUGGCAGGUGCCCAAAGAGGCAAUACCUGAAGGUUCCACCCAACAGAUGGUCAGUGGUUAUCUGGAAGUCACAGAUCCUGUCAACCAUGUGCUAAGAUAUAUACCUGUACCAAGGCCCUCCAUGAACUCUCUGCAGUACUACCCCUGGUCUGAUGUCGACAUUGUCAUGGCAGCCAUGAGUAAUGAUGGCCUGGUAACUGUGGACCUGACAGGGAUCGUACGUCUUUGGGAGACUGCCCCUGCUCAGUUAGCGAGAUCCUUGGAUCAGUGGAGGAAGAUGAUUGGCUCAGGAGAGGGAAGGAACUUGCAGAUUACCCGUGAACGUGACAGUGGUAAAGAUGUCGAGGGCCCAAAACAUGGCAAGGUGGACCCUAAAAAUGCACCCCAUGUUGGUGGAAACACUUGGGCAGGAGGGACUGGUGGGAGAGACACGGCUGGGCUGGGAGGGAAAGGUGGCCCAUACAGACUGGAUGCUGGCCACGAUGUUUACCAGAUCUCAGAGGAGGAGAAGGAAGCUGUCCCUGAGGAAGUAAAGAGGGCUGCCAGAGAAAUGGGACAGAAAGCCUUCCAAGAGAGGCUUAGAGAAAUUCAGAUGAGUGAAUAUGAUGCCAAGUUUUAUGAAGGCUACAGCAAGGCAGUGAGAAAGCAAGUGCAGUCUCUCAGGGUUGUCCUGGAUAGUUUGCAGGCCAAAGGCAAGGAGCGCCAGUGGUUGAAGAACCAGACUUACGGAGAUCUAGAUGAUGCCAAGCUGAUAGAGGGUCUGACAGGAGAGAGGUCCAUAUAUAAGAGGAGAGGAGAGAAGGAGCCAGAGCAAGGGAGUCCCCAGCAGAAGCCAAAGCGUCUCAAGUUAGUGGUGGAUGUGUCAGGCAGCAUGUACAGGUUUGACGGCCAUGAUGGCAGACUGGACAGAGAGAUGGAGGCUGUUACCAUGGUGAUGGAGGCCUUUGAGGGUUAUGAACAUAAGUUCAAGUAUGAUAUAGUGGGUCAUUCAGGAGAUGGGUACAACAUCCAGUUUAUGUCAGGAGGAAGGGUACCAGCCAAUAACAAGCAAAGACUGGACAUUCUGAAGACAAUGGUGGCUCACUCCCAGUUCUGUAUUAGUGGAGAUCACACACUGGAGGCAACAAAACACGCCAUCGAGACGCUGGCCGAGGAAGAGGCUGAUGAACACUUUGUGAUUGUUCUCAGCGACGCCAACCUAGGGCGUUAUGGGAUAGGCCCAAAGAGUUUUACAAAUGUCUUAAUGUCGGAUGAUAAAGUGAACACGUUUGCCAUCUUCAUUGGUUCCCUUGGUGACCAGGCACAAAGGUUGGCAGCUUUUUUAUAA